CCGUAGCCAUUUUGGCUCAAGCCAUUAGGCGCGAGCUGGCGGCGGCUUCCGGAGCGCGCGCGGGCCCCCGGGGCGCGCCUGGACUCUGGCGACGCCUCCUCCGAUGGAGGCGCAACCGGUGGCGGCGGCAGCCUUCGGGGCCGUGUCGGCCGUGAUCGCUGUUGGGAUGAGUGGCAAAGCUCUGCAUGCGGCCAUUGCGGCCGUCGUGCGAGGCGCGGCCACGGCGGCGGGAAAAGCAGUCGACCCCAUCGAACAGGUCCAGGAGGCCCCGGGCACGCUGGGGGUCACCGACGUCAAGAAGAGGGUGAACGUUCUCAAGGAGGCGGGCGAGAAGCACUUGGCUGGGAGGCUGCGCAAGGCGUCGCGAUUGCGCAAUGCUCAGGCGCACCCAGACGUCAACCUCGUCACCGACAUUGAGGACAAGCUAGCGCACCAUAAUCUCAUGGGCGCGCAGGCGGACGUGGAGCCGUUCGCGAAGACCACGACGGUCAACGCGAGUGGCGACGACGAGAAGAUUGAGAAGGCGGUGCAGGGCAAACAGAAGGAGCUUGUGAGCAUCGUCAACCCCAUCGUGGAGCUGGAGAUGAUGAAGGCGGAGCUGGCGGCAGUGACGGCAGCCAUAACUGCGUCGGCAUCAGAAGCGGAGAAGUUGCGACAGCAGGUCGUGGCUCUGCACACGAAGCUGGACAGCAACGCGGCGAAGGCCUCCGAGUACAAGGACAUGGUCGCGGGGCUUGAGUCUGAACUUGCGGCCGCAAGGGAGGCGACGGCUUCGGCGACCACGGGCAGACAGCAGCUGGCGGAGCAGGUCGUGGAGCUGCUGGCCAAGAAGGAGGAGGCUGAGCAGGUGCAGAUGCGCCUCCGCGAGGCGCUCGCUGAUGCUGAGCGGAGGAUCAAGGAGGAGUCGAGCAGGGCCGCCGAAGCCGUCGAAUUUUGCCAGGGGGCGCUCCAUCUGGCGCAGAAGGCGGCGACAGGCGGUGGCUCCGCGUCUGGGUCGGCGUCGAGACCGUCGAGGACGAAGCGACGCUGAGGGACGCUGCGCCUAGGGGCGCGCGUGCUCCGAUCUGGGGUCCUAAGGGACCGUCCUUUUCUUCCCGCUCGCUGUCCCUCGGUCGCCGAUCUGUUAGUCUGCGGCGCUCAGCGGCUGAGGGCUGGUCGUCAUCGGCCAUCUGUGCCGAUGUGGUUUACAAAUCGUUCAGGCCCCCAGGGGAUCGCUGAC